AUGAUUGCAGAUUACCGCGAAACCGCCGCUAAGUUUCAAAAGGAGUGGCACGUAAACGAGCCACACCGAGAUUUCCCCUUCGCGCCUCAUGUCAAGAGCCAGGCACUGGUGUCGGUCGUCAACCGAGGAUUGAUCUACUAUGCUCUUGAACGUGAAUUCGCACUCAGCAAGCGGUCUCGCGAUGCCGCCAGUGUAGGGGCCGACGCAGAGGCAGAGGCAGAGCCGGUGCAGGUCGGCGUCUUUGGACCAUUGAACUCGCAGCAGCCGGCCAAGGUGGAAGAGGGCGAGGGCGCUGCAGUCGGCGGCGACGUGGAAUCAUCACGGAAGCGCAUCCAACAACAGCUCCAGCUACCGAAUGGCUCGCCGGCAAAGAAACCGCGUCUGAGCAAUGGCUACACUGACGCAUCCGCAUCCGCAUCCGCAGCCGUGGCCACGGCUGCCACCACUUCCACAACCACCACCAACACCACCUCAACCUCCGCCACCACACCCAUGGACCUUGAUCCCAGUCAUCACCAUCACCCUCACCCUCAACCCGACUCUCAUGACGGCCAACACGACGCCAGCAACAACCACGCCUAUCCGUCGCCGUUGGAAGGGGAGCAGCUGCCUCCGCCCAUCAUCCACACCGACGGACCCGAGCAGGGCACGCAGGUCGACAAGGUAGAGGAACUAUCGCCGGACACCACUUUUAUCCACCUCAUGGACGACGAACGCUCUUUGCUCAAGGCCUCGGAAGCCACAGCUACGCCAUCGCCCUCUCCAGUAGGCGCCGAGAAUGCGCCUGUGUUGCUCCAGUGCGAGUGGAACCCUUGCGACCCAUCAAUGUUGGCGGCUGCUGGAACCGAUGCGCUAGCCCGCGUUUGGACCAUAUGUCGCUCCACGGACGCAACGACCGAGUCGGCCAAGGAUGGCAGAGAUCACGUGGCUCCCCUGGCCAACACUCUCAUCGAUCCAUCUACGCCGCGCACAACCACCGUCACGGCAUUGUCAUGGACGUCCGACGGCACUGCCAUUGCGGUCGCGACCGAUUUAGAGACGUCGGCUGCAGUGAGUGUAUGGUCAGCCGACGGUGUUCUCAUGCAAACCAUGGACGUGGCUGAGCCGCCCAUUAUAAAGCUCAGCUGGAACCCAAGCAGCUCUGCCCUGCUCGCCGUCUCGCCAGAAAACGGAGGCGCCCUCAUUACGGUUUACUCAUUUAGUGGCAAGGUUUUGAACUAUCAUUUACCAGGGCACGACAUAGAAACAACAGCGCUGGACGCAGCCUGGAUCGACGACGACGAGUUUUUGUUGAGUGGCGGCGAUUUACUAUUAUGCCUUCGUUUCACCAAUUCAGCAAUCAGUCAGUCACGGAAAUUCGAAACCAAGGAGGAUGAUAGCUUUACCCAGGUGCUUUUUGACCGACACUCAAAAUUGGCUGCCACUUCCAGUGACAAGGGUAUUCUUGACCUGUGGGAUGAGUCAGGGCAACGGCGAUCUAUUUCAGCUCAUCAAGGAGCCAUCACCACGAUGGCAUGGCAGCCUUUGCCGCCUAACCAAGCCGUCCCCGACGACGAGCGGCUGAUUGCUACUGGCGGUGAUGAUUGUGCCAUUUUAAUAUGGAAUGCCCGGAAACCCGAGAGCAAAGCGAAAUGUUUCCUGACGAUGGACUUGCCAAUCGUGCGACUUGCCUUUACCCCUGACGGCGCCUUUAUCGCCGGCGCCUCGUCGCGGCAAGUAUUAAUAUGGAAGGUGGAUAAUCACACGAUGCCGAGGGCAAGCUGGAACCGACCACCACAUCCAGGAUGGCUCAGCCCCAAGGGUAGCUCAGACGCUGAAGAGGAAGAUGAGCACUGCCUGUGCUGGGAUGUCAGCGGACAAAAGCUGGCGUAUGGUUCGAACAGUAGACUUGCCGUAAUAAACUUUAGGAGGUAG